UCUACCCUGACCACGACCUCUGAGCGCUAACGCUUCGCAAUGAAGCUGAAGCCUGACCGACUGAUCACGUAGAUACACGCGAACCUUGUCUUCGCGGCCGUGUCCCGCAACAAUGUUCAACAUCUCGAACCUGGUGCAGAAAGCGCAGCAAUUCAUCGAGCCCACACUGAACAUAGCCACGGGGCCUGCAACCUCCUCCGACCGGCGCCCCUCGAAAGCGAACCUCUUCCGCCACCAAUUCCGCCUGCCAGACUCGCAGAACCCGCUGCAAGAGAUCACCGCAGAGCUCACACUCUCACCCCACCACUCGACGAGGGGCUCCGGCGAUGCGUCCCCGGAGAAGGAACGCAGUCAGGGCAACCACUAUGUGGGCAAGCUGCACCUGAGCGAGCAAUACCUCUGCUUCUCCACGCAGGGGUCCAGCUUCCUCAACACGGCCAGCCUGAGCUCUUCGAGCAGUUACACAGGGCAGACACACGGUGCGGGGCCCGCAGGGAAUGGUUUCACGCUGCCGCUAUGCGCUAUUCGCAGGGUAGAGCGGCUGCACAGCCAGAGCUACAUGUUUGCGCUCGCCAUCACGACUUGGAACGGAAGCCCUGACCCGAAAGGGAAGGCCCCCAGCGGACAGAAGCUCACCAUACAGCUCGCGGGCAGCCGGCAGGCCUGCGAGCGCUUCUGCGAUGGCCUCAAGAAGGGUCUCCGGGAGGGCGUCAAGGAGGUCGAGAACUUGCGAACAGUCGUCCGUGACGCUUAUUCCGAAUAUCUCCUCCUCACGGACGGAGACGACAAGAAGGCUGCUGGAGAGGAUAGCAAGGCGGAGCGGGAGCAUCCCGACACAGGACUGGGGCUGAUCUUCAGAUAUCCUGGCAAUGCGAGGAAACUGAGGGACGCGACAAAGAUUCGACUCUGGAAAGAGUAUCUUCGGGAAAACGGACGAAGCGCUACGCUCAUCCGACAGCCCACCUUCCACAAACUUAUACGAGUCGGUCUUCCAAACAGAUUACGAGGCGAAAUAUGGGAAUUGGCGUCAGGCUCCUGGUUCCUGCGCCUUCAGAACCCACGACUAUAUACCGAGACGCUAGCGAAAUACUCAGGGCGGGAAUCUUUGGCAAUAGAUGAGAUUGAAAAGGACCUGAACCGGAGCCUGCCAGAAUAUCCUGGUUUUCAAAGCGAAGAAGGCAUCGGCCGACUGCGCCGAGUGCUGACCGCGUACAGCUGGACCAACGAGGAGGUCGGCUAUUGUCAGGCCAUGAAUAUUGUCGUAGCAGCGUUGCUGAUAUACAUGUCAGAACGACAAGCUUUCUUCCUUCUCUCCAUAUUGUGUGACCGUCUUUUGCCAGGUUACUACUCCCAAACCAUGUAUGGCACCUUGCUCGACCAACGCGUCUUCGAGUCGCUCGUUGAAAAAACGAUGCCUAUUCUCUGGGACCAUUUGGUCAAGUCCGAUGUUCAGCUCUCCGUAGUAUCUCUACCUUGGUUCCUUUCCCUCUACAUCAACUCCAUGCCGCUUAUUUUCGCUUUCCGCGUACUGGACGUCUUCUUCCUCGAAGGCCCAAAGGUACUUUUUCAGAUUGGUCUGGCCAUCCUGCGUAUAAACGGUGAAGAGCUUUUGGAUGCCACGGAUGACGGAACCUUCAUAUCUGUACUCAAGUCAUACUUCGCGCGAUUGGAUGAGUCUGCGCAUCCCAAGUCGGAGAAUCCGAAGCUGAGGGCUGUUACAAAGUUCCAGGAGCUCAUGGUUGUAGCUUUCAAGGAGUUUGCUGGCAUAACACAAAACACCAUUUCCGAGCAGCGGGGAAAGCAUAAAGAUGCUGUGCUAGAGAACAUUGAGAGCUUUACCAAACGAACAUCGAUACGAAACCUUGGUCCGGAGAGCAAAAAGUUAAGCGUGAAUGAUCUGGGCUUUUUGUACGACAAGUUUUACGCUGUGCUAUACGACCGACAGCAACGAGCGGAAAUCAUGCAGGAAGAGGCCGAGAGAAAGGCCAAGAGCGCGAGGAAUAAAGCAACAGAGAUAGUUACGGGAUUUUCUUCUUCAAGCAUUGAGAAGGGCAGAGUUGCUCUUGGUCCGAGUCCAACACAAAUGGACUACGAUGCAUUCAGGGAAUUCUUGGCCGGGCUCACCAAAUGGGCAAUUACAGACUCUCCCAGUUCGCCACCCGAGACGAAUGGAACACCAUCACAUUCAUAUUUCGGCGGCAGCACACGGAACAAGCCACCGAUGUCACCAUGGGGAUCUGGCCCUGAACCUACGGAUCAUGACUUCAUGCGACGACUUUUUAGACGCUGGGAUGUGGACAUGACUGAUUCAUUGUCACUUCAGAACGUUGUUGCGGGAUUCGCUGCUGUCAAAGGUUCCAAAGACAUCAUGUCCAACAUAAGCUACUUUUUUGAGCUUUACGACGAUGAUGGAGAUGGUAGGGUGGAUCGUGAGGGCAUCCUCCGAAUCUCUGAAGCCCUUUUAUUCCUUUCAAGGCGAGGCUUUGAUGGCUCCGCCAGCCCAUCAACAUCCACGAGCGACGUACGGUCCGUUCACACUCUGGAUCGAGGCACUCGUGACGAGCAAUUUCUGAGCAGCGUUUCAGCCUUCAUACGAAGAUGUUUCGAAUACGCUGACCCGGAUCACCCUUCGAACCAAGGCAACAAAGCAGUUGACGAGGCCAGGGACGACCUGGAUAGUUUCGCAAUCGGCGACGAUGACGAGGACGAUCUCAUCGAUCUCGGGACUGAGCCUAGCACGCCCACCGCCGCGAAACCGGCCAGUUCAACAUCGCCCCAGCAGGAAAAGCAGCCUUCCUCGCCCACAGCCUCAAAUUCAGAUGCCAGCGAAGGAGAAUCAUCGGGAAAGACUGAUAAGGCGACCGCUGCUAACGCUGCCCUCGAUCCUAACAAACCUCUUUACAUCACUUUACCUACGUUCCGCAUGGUGAUUCUUGCCGAUGAGAACCUCGAACAAUUCUUCGAGGUUGGAUUCUCCGCCUCUUUCCACCUUGCUGAUGCACCACAAGCCUCUCAGCUCUCAGGUUCAAACCUCACAACCUUCUCCAACGCAAGUCAGCAAGUUGCUGCCAGUUCAUCCGGCAUGGGCGGGGUGGUCGGUGGAGCAGGUGCUGGUGUCGUACCUCCUGGGAAGGGUCUGCGAGGUAUGCUUGACAACAUUGUCAGCGAUGGCAUGCGAGUUGCUGCAGAAGUAAGGAGGAGGAUGGAUGAAGCGUCACAGGAGAUGGACAAAGAAGCAAAGCAUGGGCGCGACGACGAUGAGGAAGAGGAAGAGGCCGAAAUCGGGCACGGCAAGGACGCGGAUUUGCUAGAGGGCGCAGAAACGGCGGACGUGGAUACGUCAAAGGGCAAAGCGCUGGAUCUGCUGGCGUAUGCUGAGGGGCCGAGUGAGCCUCCGCUAUUGACGCAGACGGUGCCGCAGCAUUUCAGGGAGAUUGUAAAGAACUUUGGGGAUCGAAAGGCAGUUAUAUCGCACCACCAGCGGACUAUUUUGACGUAUGAACAGCUGGAUCGCGAUUCGGAUGCUCUGGCUAGGGGACUGGCGAAACAGGGGGUUCAGAAGGGUGACAGGGUGGCCGUGAGCUUGGGGAACAAUCUUGAGAAUGCGACGGCGACGUAUGCGAUCUUCAAGUUGGGUGCAAUAUUGGUCCCACUGAAUCCGGCAUUCAAUUCUCUUCAGGUUCUCUCAGGUUUAAAUCAUCUGGCUGCUUCGCACCUUGUCAUCGGCGCAGAGACGAACCUCCCGUACAAAGCGCCGAAGUCGAACCUGCCCUUGCUCCAAGCCCUGGUACCGGAUCUAAAAGCCUCAAAACUGCAAUCAGAGGCUGUUCCUUCGUUACAGUCUAUAACACUUGUAGACAACUCGUCAGGACGGAUAGACACAUCACUAUACAAGAGCACGACACCCUACCAAGCCGUCGUAGAAGAUGGCCAAAACGGCCCCAUUCCGCAAGACACUGACCUCCAGCCCGAAGAAAUCAUCAACAUCCAAUUCACCAGCGGCACAACCAGCAUGCCCAAAGCGGCCUGCCUCUCCCACCACUCCAUCCUCAACAACGGCAAAUCCAUUGGCGACCGCAUGCUACUCACCGAAUGUGAUGUAGUCAUAUGCCCGCCUCCAUUAUUCCACUGCUUCGGCUGCAUCCUAGGCUACAUGGCGACCGCAACGCACGGCUCCGCCAUCGUCUUCCCCGCCGAAGCCUUCCACCCGCUGCACACGCUCCACGCCGUCCAGCAAUACGCCGGCACCGCGCUCUACGGCGUCCCCACCAUGUUCAUCUCCGAGCUCGAGCUCCUCGCCAACGGCACGGUCUCCCACGAAGGCUUCCAGCACCUCCGGACGGGCAUUGCAGCGGGCUCCAGCAUCCCCGCGGAGCUCAUGCGCAAGCUGCACAAGACAUUGAACCUCACAGAGCUCACGAUCUGCUAUGGGAUGACGGAGACGAGCCCCGUGAGCGCGAUGACGACGACAGAUGAUCCCAUCGAUAAGAGGAUCGACAGCGUGGGCAGGCUCAUGCCGCACGUCACGGCCAAAGUCGUCGACGCUGCGGACCGCACGCGCGUCCUUGCGCCCAACGAGCGCGGCGAACUCGUCGUCAGCGGGUAUCUCACUAUGCGUGGGUACUGGGGGGACGCCGGCAAGACGGCCGAAGUGCUUGUUCCCGACGACGAGGGGCGGAUGUGGAUGCACACUGGCGACGAAGCUAGCAUCGAUGAAGAAGGCUAUAUCAAAAUCACCGGAAGAAUCAAGGAUUUGAUUAUAAGGGGAGGCGAGAAUAUACAUCCGCUUGAGGUGGAGAAUUGUCUUUUUGCUAAUGAGAAGGUGAAGGAGGUUAGUGUUGUGGGGCUGCCAGAUGAGAAGUUAGGGGAAUGUGUAGCGGCGUUUGUGGUGAGGCACGAGGGUGUAGAUAUGCAGGCGGCGGAGGUACGGUCAUGGGUGAAGGAGAGACUGAGCCAUCAUCUUGUGCCGAAGUACGUAUUCUGGGUCGAUGGGUACCCGAAGACGCCGAGUGGGAAGAUUAGGAAGGUGGAGUUGAAAGAAAUGGGGAUUGCGCUCUUGAAGGAGGGUAAGGGAUUGAAUUGAGGGUUUUCCAUAGGACUCAACAUUUGUGAUCCAAUGUGAAAUGCAACGGACG